AAAAAGUAGGAUCUGUUUUUAUUAUUGAAAUAACUACUUAAGUAACAUCGAUACAGUACAUAAUAAAAUCGAUGUGCCAUGGAUUUAAUAUCAGUGGCGGUUAUUAGUUUCAAAUGGAUUACUACAUUUACUUGCAGCCAACUAUAAUUUAUUUCCAUUCCAUUAUUUUCGCAUUACCUUUUGACAAUGGAACCCUUUCUGACCGAAUUAAGCCAAAAAAUUGAGACUGUAAAAAUCAUUGAGUUACUUAAACGUAAUGAGGCCAAUUUUUUAUGUGCCAAAUGUGGCCAUGUUCCGCAACGUUCAUUCAUAUCAGGAGAUUGUGAACAUAGCUUUUGCGAAUCAUGUGUAAAUAAAAAGCCAUUUUUUAAACGUUGCCCUAAGUGUCAGAAUAUUAUUAGGGAAGAGUUUAUUAUCAACGAUGAAGCAUACAUUGUUUUUUCCAAGUGUUACGAACAUUACAAAAGUACUUUGUCACGAAUGGCUGAACCUGACUCUAAAAAUAUCAGAAGCCAAAAAAAGAAUUAUGAUUUUCUUCUUCAAGAUGAGUGUCGUAAAUUAUUUAAGAAUCGUAAUGGUUCAAUAGAUAAUAUAAGACGAUUAUUAUCAUCUGGAGCUAACCCAAAUGUAUUGAACAAGGAUGGAUGGACUCUUAUGCAUGAAGCAGUUGAUUACGAGAAUCUAGAAGUUUUAGAAAUCUUAUUAGAAGCUGGUGGAAAUGUCAAUGCUUACAGUGGUGACAAAUGUACUAGCUGUCUUCAUGAUGCUCUCAAUGAAGUUGAUAUAUCUACUGAUAUAAUUAAGUGUUUGUUAAAUUAUGGUGCUGAUAUAAAUGCAAGGGAUCCUUAUGGAGAAACACCCAUACAAAAGGUUGGUGGGAAUGAAGCGUUACUUGAGUUAUUUCAAAAGCACAAAAAAAUCUAUGACAUACCCACAAGGCCAAUUCCCAUCAAAGUGCCAUUGUUGUAUGCUUGUAAUUUGUCUUCAACAUCUAAUAAAAAUUUAUCAACAUUCUGUCAUACGCUAAAGUUAAAAUUAGCUGUUCCAGGAAAAAAGAUCAGCAAAAAUAUUACCCACAUCAUAGUUGAAGAAGAUCUGUGUGAACCAUUUCAUGAAGUAUUGUUGGGGAUAUUAUAUGGAUGUUAUAUAGUAAAAUAUCUUUGGAUUGAAAAGUCGAUAGAGGCAGGUUAUCUUCUACCAGCCGAGGAUUAUGAAAUAUCUGGUACUAAGAGUUAUCCAGAUAGUAAUGCUCCUAGAAAAAGCAGACUGAAUUAUGAAUCUCUGAAACCAAGAUUGUUCGCUUCUGGUCAGUUUUAUAUUAUGGAUGGAAUGGAACAAAAAUUGUCUCAUAAGAAAGAAGAACUUGUGGAUCUUAUAACUGCUGGUGGUGGAAAAAUACUUAUGAGAGCUAAAAGUUUUGAUGAAAUAGCAGAAAAAACUGUGUUUUUCCAUGCAGAUACAGAGGGAUCAUUGAAAUCAUGUUAUGUCAUUGUAUUAUACAAGACAAUACCUACUAUAGUGUAUAGAAUGGAUACUGUCAGGUCAUUUCAUAUAAGUUGGCUGAGUGAAGCUAUUCAAAGAUUUAGAAUUGAAGCUGUUGAUACAGCUGAUGAAACAUGAGGUGAAAUGAGGGUAAAGAAAAACAUGUACAUAUGAAAUAAUUUAAAGCUGUUAGAUAUAAAAUUAUAAAAUAAAUUAAAAGUUAUAUUAUUCAAUUUAAAAAGUUUAAAUGUUUUUUUUUUUCUCUAA